UAUUAAUCCAAUAUUGAAAAACAUAAAAUGUUUUCGUAUUUCAACCAAAAAUCAAAUACAUUUAUGAAUUUUGUCAAUUGAUUUAAUUUGGUAAUUAAAAUUGAGGUUAUGUUCUGAUGUAAAAACGAAUUCCAACUAGAGGUUAUGGAGGUUAAGAUACAUCUUUUAAACAAUAAUGUUUUAAAGCAGCCUUUUAGAAGACAAUAAUUCAAUAAUAAAUCCGCCCCUUCUAUUUACAUUCAAAUCCCGAAUGGCAACUUUUGCAGGGAGCGAGUUCAACGACCUCGCUAAACUUCUUUUCAAAUGCCUCAGCACUACCAACCUGAAUUUUGACCCCUUAAUGUACAUCGAAAAUUUUGAAAAAUGUAAAACGAAUGUUUCCCGGGUUGAGUUUGUUUUAAAAGACAUGCAACGAUACCCAAAAAUAUUUGCAAAAUUCACCAAAGAUAAAAAAGAUGAUCAGGUCGCAUUGAAACACUAUGAAAAUGGAAGACUUGCAUUCAACAAUUUUAAUUAUUGGGACGCUUUAGAGAACUACACUCGGUGUAUCGCUUGUGCUGAGAAUCCCAGAACUCUCGCCAUGGGACACAGAAAUCGAGCAGAGUGUUUUCUUCAACUCAAAAUGAAGACCAAAUGUGAAGAGGAAAUCAAACGCGCGAAAAGUCACAGCUUGAAGCAGGAGAUUGAUGAUUUUAUUGCGAAGCUAAACCAAAUUGAAGAUUCAACUUGUAAAACUUUUGAACCAAUUCCCGGUUAUAUCAAUUUUCACCCGAACGAUAACAUUCAGAGUGCCAACAACUGUGUUAAAAUAGGUCCGAAUUUAAUUGUCGCAAGUAGAGACAUCGAAAUAGGGGAAAUACUCGCAAUAGAGAAGCCCUGGGCUGCUGUUUUAACAACCGAUCGUUUGACACACUGUCACGAGUGCCUCUGUCUGUGCUACAACCUCAUCCCGUGCCCCAAAUGCACUGUUGCUCUUUUUUGUAGUGAAUUAUGCAAAGAUAAGGCUCGUUCUUACCACAAAUACGAGUGUCCAAUUUUACUCACAAUUUGUUACCGCGCUCUUUGCGAAUUUGCUAUUGAUGAAGCAAUGCUAUUAGCGUUUAAAGUAGCAAUUUUAGCUAAAGACGACUAUUCUAAUUUGGAUUAUAUGCGUUUGGAUGGAACGUAUCGCUCAGAUAGAUACAACGAAGUUCAUUUUUUGAAACCAGACGGUGAAUUUUCACGUUUUGAGAUUUUCCACCAAGCGAUUUUGACCGCAUUUGUCUUUGAUUUACUGUGGCAGUAUACGAGUUUCUUCAGCGGGAUUUUUUCUUCAACUGACACUCAAAUCAAAUUCAAAGACGUUUUUAUGAUGCAAUUGCAGCGCAGUCACAGCGCUGUCAAAAUUUACGAAUUUGUACAAAAGUUCGAUUUUUGUGGUACGGCCAAUUAUAGCUUGGGGGCUUAUUCGUUUUUUUCGCUUUUUCCACACUCUUGUUGUGCGAACGUUAUGAAGACUUAUCACGGUAAUGUCAUGGUUUUGCGAGCGAUAAACACGAUUAAAGAAGGCGAAGCGUGUUUUGUUAAUAGGUUUGGACUUAGAUACGACGUUGCUGAUAAAAAAAUGCGACAAAAAUUUCUCUCCGAUUAUAAAAUACCUUCAUGUGAGUGCAAAGCUUGUAAGGAAGAUUGGGUUCCGAAUUUGGACGGUGUUGACUCAAUUUGUGAAAAAUUGGAUGUUCCUGUCAUGGAACUUGGGGAGAUUGUGACAAAUUUAAUUGGGAUAAAUGUAGAUAAGGCUAGUGUUUUUUUGCCACUGUUAAAGGAAGAACUGGAGAAGUGUGAAAUGGCAGAACCGGAUGGAAGUGUCUUGGCUUUGAAACAUUUAAUCGUUCAUUGUUUUGUGAUAUUUGGGAAUAAGAAAAUACAAUAUGACGGCCGUGAUGUUGUUUUCGAGCUCUGAUUUUUAUAUUUUAUUAAAUGAUAAGAUGAAUUAAAAAAAAUAAAUGUUAAUUAAUUUGUGUAUUUUGACAUUAAAGAAUUUAUUUUAUUGUA